AUGGCGCUUGUAAUAAUCAUACCGCUGAUCGUCAUUGGGAUAGUUGGUACGGCAGGCUACCUGAUCUACCGGUUUCUAAUUUACGACAUGAUGUGCAGCAGGACCGUUGAAAAGACGCUCCGCGAGUACAGCAUUGCAAAGACCCAGUCCCAGAUCGUCAGGGAGUACCACCAUAGCCGGGGAAACGACAUGUCAGAGAGGGAGGCCAGGGUCAUGGCAAAGCACUACCGGCAGCACGAGCCUGAUCAGUUUUUGGCCAUGUAUGAGGCCACAAGGGACAGACUAAAGAGCGACAAAGGGGAAUAG